AAUUAACAAUUAUUUUUUACAGGAGGACAGCUUUUCGCUUCAACAAUUAAAAGUUGUUAUGGAACGUCAUCUGCUCACGUUUAACUUUUAAUGCAGGCUCUUCAUUUAAGGAAAGAAAUGCAUAUGAAUUAACUGAAGGGCCUGUUUCAUUCAGCAUUCCUAAUGGCUAGUGGGAAAGAUUCAAAUAUUGUUAGCUCUGAUGAUGAGAUAUUGUGUCCUGUUGACAAACAUAAACGAAAACGGAAGGUCAUCCUGAGUAGUGAAUCUGAAGAUGAAGAUAGUGAUCUUGAGGUUAAAACAAAGAGGACUGUCAAACCUCUGAAGUGUGAAAGUGAAGAUGAAAUACUUGAUAAUUAUAGAAAUGAAUCGAAAGCUUUUGGUUCUGAUACAAAAUUUUUAGCCCCCAACACUGAAGACGAUGGGUUAGCAAUGAAUGAUUUCAGUGAUAGUGAACAAGCAGAAAAGUGUGCCAUUUGCCUGAAUAAGUUCCAUGGCCAAGAUAUUGCUACCCCAGAGACAUGUGAUCAUAUGUUUUGUCUAGAUUGCUUACAGGAAUGGGCAAAGAAUGUUAACACGUGUCCUAUUGAUAGAUUGAAAUUUAACUUGAUUUUAAUACGACAUCACAAAGAAGAAAAGAUCAUACGAAGAAUAUACAUCAACAAUCCUGAACUGCCCUGGUUUACAGAGUUUGAAUCUGAAUCCCCACAAACGCUGAUUACUUAUUGUGAAAUAUGCGGCGAGUAUGACAGCGAAGAAACACUUUUGCUUUGCCAUGAAUGUCAAAAGUGUUAUCAUACAGAAUGUAUAUUUCCGCCUUUGCAUUCAUCAUCAAUGGAUUGCUGGCUAUGUCCCACGUGUGCAAAUUAUGUUCGUGUUAGAGAUAAAUUUUUACAUGAUGUUCAUCGUAUGCUACAAGGUAUAAAACGGUUUCGAGAUCUUCGUUCUUUUAGUAGUGGAAGAAGUUCACAUACUUCUUCAAGUCCAGCUUUACGAGCUUCUGCACAACAUUCGUCAAAUAGAGAGCUAGUGAGACUUCGUCAAAGGCUAUUGCACCAAAAGUCUUAUUUCAGAAGAGUUUUAUCAUCAUCCGAGUCAUCUGAUGAAGAAACUGAACGUACUACUCGUAGUGCUUCUAGAUUAUACCAUAAUCAGGUGAUUUCAAAUGGUAUACCUAAAGCAAGGUGUCCUCUGAUGGGCAAGCGCCGGAGUGAAAUAUAUCGCACUCGCAAUGCAGCUUUGGUAUCGUCAGCGGCAUCUGCAGCAUCAGAUUCAAGAGCCAUGUAUUCAUAUGAUUCUGAUGAUGGUGUAAAUGAAUACAGUUAUGAAAAUGCUGGAAAUACAUUUGAGCAUCCUCGCAAUGCUAGUCGACAACUAUCUUCAGUUAAAAAACUUAAUUCUCCUGAACAAAGUGGUUCUGCAAACUCAAGGUUAUCUGAACCAUGCCCUCAAAAUUUUGACAUUGUUGGCAGCAUACUGCAAAGUCAAACUCUUCUGCAUCGUUCUGAUGUGUUAACGCUUAAGAGAGAUGGAACUUUAUUACUUAGCCCUACAAGUGAUUCUAACCAACAUGCACAUUCAGCUAGUACUUCAACUCCAUCUCAUAAUUCUACAAAAGUUGGUCAGAAUCAAAAUCCUUUUCAUAACUCAUCUGUCUUUAAAGAUAAUACCAUUUCUCCAUACAAGAGUGAUACCGUAGGCCAACAGAGACCUUUGAAUCCUACUCAGAAUACCACUUCAAAAUAUGGCGAAAUGCCCAGACAGAAUUAUGCGUGCAGUUCUUCAACUUCAUCCAUUGAGAGAUCUACAACUUACGAUAUAAAUACCAUUUCUAGGCCAUCUAUUGGAAAUAGUAGUAAUGAUAGGUAUGGAAAUGAUUCUUGCUCAUCUUCAAUGCACAGAAGUUUUUGUAGUUCAGCAACAUCAGAUGACAUGAAAAAAGACCUGCGAUCAUCUAACAUCAAAGAUGCUGGGAAAGGGCAUCACAGUGAGGAUGAAGUUGAUAUCUAUAGCGAUAUUGAGUCUGUAUGUGAGGAAGAGGGGGCGAUAAUUGAUAGAGUUGAGCCAUUAAAAAUAUCCUUCAAGUGUGAUGACUCACAGUUAAGUAAUCCAAAUGAGGGUAGUGACUCCAGUGAUAAUGAGCUUGUUAUUGAUGAGGAUAUGCCUGUGGAUGAAGAUGGUGAGAAAGUAAAGGAACACUGUGUUAAUGCAAAUUUUAUAGACAAAAGCCAUGGUGGAGAUAGAAAUGAAGCUGUAGCUGAAAGCGAGGAGAGUAACAUGAGCAGUAUAGCACAAUCUGACAUGCAUAUGACUGAUAAUGAAGUUCAGUCUCCAAGCUGCUCUGAAAGUCAACAUAUGAAUGAAAACUCUCAACCUGGGGAUGAGUCUACCAGUGAUACAUUUCAAAAUGAUGGCAGUUUUCAAGAGACUGAAAAAAUUUUACAAAAUGAAAAUCAAGAGAAUAAUGAAUCAGACAGUGAUUUAGAAAACGAAGAUUCUAAAAAUGAAAAUCUGCAAAAUAAUGAAUCGGAAAGUGAGUUAGAAAAUGAAAAGACUAAGAAUGAUGAAUCUGAAAGUGAUUUAGAAAAUGAAAAUGUCAAGAAUGAUGAAAGUGACAUAGAGAUUGAAAAUGCUAAGAAUGAUGAUAGUGAUUUAGAAAAUGAAAAUGGUAAGAAUGAUGAAAGUGAUGUAGAAAAUGAAAACACUAAAAAUGAUCAAAGUGAUCUAGAAAAUGAAAACACUAAAAAUGAUGAAAGUGAUCUAGAAAAUAAUAAAAAUGAUGAAAGUGAUUUAGAAAAUGAAAACACAAAAAAUGAUGAAAGUGAUUUAGAAAAUGAAAACACUAAAAAUGAGGAAUCUGAAAGUGGUGAUGAUCAAGAAAGUGAUAUGGAUGUACAAAUGAUUGAAGAAAACUCACUGGAUUGUGCUAAAAAAAGUCUUGAAAUUGAAACUAAUACAUCUAAUGCAAAGUCAUCACCAAAAACGUUUUCAGAGGAGCUGAAAACUGAUGUCUCUGUAAUGCAGUGUGACGAUAACAGCGUUUCAAGUGAAAAUCAAGAGUGUGAUAGCAUGUGUUCUGAAAACCUGGAAGCAGCCAAGGAAACAACCAUUAUAGCAAAUCAGAUAAAUCAAAAUAGUAAUGGUUCUACUUCUCAUAUGGUAGAUAAUGAAAAUUACCAUAAUGAAACCAAUUCUAACCUAAGUUUUGGAAGUGAACCCCAGAAUGUUAAUGCCAGUGAACCUGAAGACUUUGCAGAAUCAAACAUGGAUGCAUCUCAGGAGAGUAUACCUGAUGCAUCAGAAAGAACAGAUGUUGAUAUGUACAAUGAUACUUCUAUGAAAUCUGAUGAUCACGAUGAUGAAGAGAAUCUUGAUUCAUUAGAGAAUGCCAGCACUCCAUGUUUAGAUGAAAAUCUUGAUGGUCAAAUUGAGAAUUCUCCUAUUCAAAAUGAAAAUGAUCAAGACUCCAAAUCGGCAUUAGCUCAAAAUUUAGAAUCUGAAUAUGGAAAUGAAGUACCUGUUUCAGAUUUGGUUAAUGUUGAUAUGACUGAUAAUGAAAAAAGCAAAUCGGAACCUGUUGAAAAUAUUGAAGAAAGUGCUGUUGACUUGGGAAUUGAAGAUAUUUCUGAAGCAGGUAGUGAAGAUUUAGAUGAUGAUUUUGCUAAUGAAACUGUAUCUUCUGCUGACCCUAAAAAAACAGAUUUUAAUGAUGUUGAAAGAGAAGUUGCUAAGUUAUUCAGUGAGGGCAAUGAUACUUUUGAAGAAGAACGUAAUUCUAAUGCUUCUUCUCAUCAUCUCUCCGGUGAUUACUCUAGAUACCCACCUUCGUCUCAUCAUUCCAGUCAGUCAUUUGAUGAUCAAGAGGAAGGAGAAAUUAUUGAAGAUAAACCAGUGAGACGAAAUCGAAAACGAUGCUCAAAAUCUGAACGUUUUCAUGAUGAUAGUGAAGAUUAUAGUGAACUUGCUCCAAGGGUAAAUAUUUCAGACCUUCCAAGGAUUCCAAAAAUUAAGCGUGACAGAGAGAAGGACAGUGUUCCAGAAAAUAUUCCUCUUGAAGUUAAACGGACUAGUGUUUUAGGUCGAGUUGAUCUUGGUGGAGCUGAUAUCAGCUGGAAACGUUUAUCAAAACAUACCCGAGAACGAAGUUAUCGUGAUGGGAGGCCUAAAGAUGAAAGAUUAUUGUAUCGUGAGCGAGAGUCACGAAACAAAGAUAAAAAGAAUUCUAUUGAUAAUGAACGUAGGAAUGAAAGCAAAAGCAGAGACGGGGAACGUCGACGGGAUGAUACUAAAAAACAAGAUAUUGAUAAGUCUAAAGGGGACUAUGAAUCACGAUCUCGUAAAAGUGAAAAAACAAAAGAAAUUAAACUUGUAGAAUGGAAUUAUCCAGAAAGAGAAAAGCGCAAAUCGCACAAAGAUAAGCAUUCUAAAGAAAAACAUUCUAAAGAUAAAAAGGACAAAGAUAAGUAUGAAAAGAAUAAAUAUUCUAAAGAUGAGGAUAAGUAUGAGAAAGUGAAGGAAGAAGUACGAUAUGAAAGAGAAAUGAGAUAUGACAAAGAAGACCGUUUUGAAAGAAUUGUUUAUGAAAAAGGUAAGUUUAAAGAAAAAGAGCGUAAAAGUAAGCACAAAGAACGGAAAACUGAAGGCAAAUCAAGCAAAGAUCAUUCUCGUGAAAAACAUAAGUAUAUUCAUGUAAGUGAUCACUUUUCUGACAAGCAGAGGGAGAGAGAGGUUCGUAAAAUUGAUGAUAAGUUGAAAAUUGUUGUUGAACAAAAAGAAUCUCGCAAAGAUAAAUCGAAUAAACACAAAGAUCGAAAAGAAUCAAAGCAUGAAAAAAAGCAAACUCACCAUCAUGAGCAUCGAAAGAAAGAAAGUGAAAGGAGUCCUUAUACAGAACUUGCAUCUAUAGAAUCAAAAGAAAUAUUUGCCAAGGGUGAUAGUAUAAUAAUAAAUGUCAAUUUCAAUCGCGCCUCAUCUCCGAAAGAGAUUGUUUCUGAUAAUCAUGAUUCUAAGGAUCGAAAAUUUGCAUCAGAAGAUUUUGAGUCAGAACAUACGAGUGCCGAUGAAGUAAAGACCAAAUCAAAGCAUUUAUCAGAAAAAGUCAAAGGCUCUCAUGAUAGUGUGCUGAGCAAAAGACCAGUUACUCCACCUGAGAAAACCACUCAAGUCAUGUCAGUUAGUGAAUGCUACUGGCAAGGAGGUGAUGAUCCAGAUGGUAAUAAUACUCCUACAUCAGAAAAGUCUGCUGCUGAUGAUGCUUGUAAUGAGGAAGAAAAUGAUACAAUGGGAUCGGUUGAUGCAUAUGAGGGAGACAAUUUUUCCAAUAGCUGUAACAGCCCUGCUGUUCCUGAAGUACCAUCUGUUUCUAAAGGUGAUUCAGAGGUUGAAGCAUUAUCAGAAUGCCCUUCUGAUAAAAUGGUGGAAAGUGUGCUUGCUAAAGAAAAUGAAAAUUUUACAUCCAAGAGAAGAUCUCCUCGAUCACCUUCACCUCCUUCUCCUGCUGACAAUGACAGUUAUGACCCUUGUGAGCCAACGAGAAGCCCAUCACCACCACCUAUGCCACCUGCCCCUCCUCUUCCUACAACAAAUCCCAAACCACCUCCUUCUCCUGAACUUCCACCUUUACCUCCAGAACCUGAACCAACUGAUGUCAUACGUGAAGAUCCACGUACUCAUAAGCAGACUGUAUCAUCUGAAUUUACAGCUGUUUCUUCAGCAGUUUCCAGUGCUUCUCAACCAGUGACAGUGCAUACUCAAACUUCUGUGGCAAACCCCCUUUCAAUGCCUAGCAUAUUGCUGCCUCCUCCUAGCUUCAUGUCACAUGCUACAUCAACUGCAAACAACUUACAAGCCAUGUCACCUUUAAUCCCCCCUAGAAAUUUUAAUUUCCAAGUAAGCACUCAUCCUACUGUUAUAUUUUCUAAUCAGAUGCAGCAGGUAAUUCGGGGCAAUUUUGUACCAGCACAAAUACAUACAGGUUCCUCUAUACCACCACCUCCGAAUCCACCUAAUCUGCCUCAUAUGGGUUCUGUGCCACCUCCUCCUCCACCACCAACUGCUAUGACUUUAUUAUCUCAAGUAAGGCAUACUCAGUUGAAUGUUCGACCUGCCUUACCUCCGAAUUCUUUACUGCAGAAUUUAACCUUGGGACAUACUGUUAGUAUCCCUCAAAUGCAGUUGGCUCACAUGCAUCUUCCACCAAAUAUGUCUGGUACUAUCACCAAUCAUCAGUCACCUAUGAUGGUUCCGUCACAAAGCCAGACAGUUAGUCUUCCUGUUACAGUCCAAAAUCAGCAGGGAGCUAGACCUGUUUUAACCCCAAAUCAAAUGCAGAACCAUACAUCUUAAUGCAGAACCAAACAAAUAAUAGUGCUAAAACUCAGGGUAAUUUGGUCAAUACUCACCCUCCUAAUAGUCAAGCUUGCCAAUGCUUCGCAAAAAUCUGAUAAACAGUCUAAGCAUUCACCUCCUGGUGAGAAAACUGAAGUUAUUGAUAUGGAAGUUGACUCACCUUAUUCCCCAGGUGAUUCACCUUCUAUGGAUAGUGUGUGUGAUUAUUCCCCUACAAGUUCCCCAGUUCCUUCUUCUCCAAAAAGCAAAGAUGUGUUUGACAGUUUGUUAACAGUAGAUCAAAGGACAUCUGACAAAAGAACUCAUGAAGGUGCUUCUAAAGCUGAAAAAUUAAAAAUACGUUCAGAAUCGAAGCACACGUCAGAAAAUUCAGCAAAGAGGCAUAAACAUGAUAAAGGGGACUCAAAGUUGCGACAUUCAGUGAGAAUGCAAAUAACAGAUAAGAACAAAAAUUCAUCUCGCAAGGAGCAAAAACAGUCUGAAAAGAAAGAACUGACAAAAUUAGAUGAUUCUCAGUUAAAAAUUCUAGAUGAAUUGCCAAGUUCUGCAGUUGAGAUGCAAGUCAAGGAGAAGUUUUUAAAGAAACUAAACAGACAAGAGCGAGUUGUUGAAGAAGUGAAACUGUCUCUAAAGCCAUAUUACAAGUCUCGAGAAAUAAGCAAAGAAGAAUAUAAGGAUAUCCUAAGGAAAUCUGUACCCAAAAUCUGUCACAAUAAGUCUGGCGAGAUCAACCCAGUGAAAGUAAAAUAUCUUGUGGAGUGUUAUAUAAAAAAAAUAAAACAUUCAAGAAAGAAAGCUGACAAAAAGAAAUCAAAAUUUUCAUGAUAGUCUGUAGAUUACAUAAAAUCAUUGUUUUAAUAUUUUAAAACUCUCUGUGCUGAACUGAAAUGGAAAAUGAAUAUAUUUAGCACAUCAUCUUUAACACAGCCAUUACUGAUAUAUUGUUAUAUAGUUUUGGGACUGAAUUUGUAAAUAUGUGAAGAGUUUGUCAGAACUAUGGAUAAUUUUGUUUUAUUUCCAUUAUACUAUGCAAAGUAAUGUUUUCUCUUGCUAUUUGUGUUAAUCUGGUGUAUUUUGAUUUGUACAGUCAGAAUUCAUGUGGUGGCAAAGCCCUGUAAUACAAAGUAUAUUUACCAACCAUAUAUGUUCAUAUUGAAUCAUGCUAACUUCAGUAAUACACAAUGCUAUUGUAUCAGAAACUCAAUGGCAAAUAAUCAUGUAAGUAUAGGACUGUAAAUAUUCAUUUAAACAUAUGUUUGGUUCAGAAUUGUUUGAAGUAUUUAAAAUUAGGGAACUUUUUCAUUUUUCAUAAUAAGCAAAAUGGUUACUUGUCUGUCUCAGCAAUUUCUGUGGAAAAUUAUUUAAAAAUCAUGAUUUUAACCGCAACUUUGAACUGUAGCUAUGUGAUCCUGAUCCAUAUAUUUAUCUUUAAAUAUCUACAAAUUUACCUAUUUACUUUCCUAGCAUUCAUUUAUUUUUUAAGUACUUUUUUUUUUUUUUUUUUUUUUUUUUGUCUUAAGACUAAAUAUAGCAAAAACUUUGGGAAAACAUUUGCAUGUAUAAAAUAUACUAUUUAUAAUACUAAAAUAUUAAUUUAUUUGCUUGUUGAAUUUUAUUUGAAAGUUAUGUUAAAAUUGUUGUAAGGAGUGUUAUAUAUAUUUUUAAUAUUAUGCUAUCCGUAUUCUUAUUCAUAUUCAAAUUUAUUUUUAUUAUUUGAUUCACAUAAUGUACUGGAAGUUGAAUUAUCCUUUCAUUAAUUAUGGAAAAUUGCUUGCUUUUAAUACUAAAUUAUUUAUUCAUGUCUAAUACUAACACAAAUAUCCAUUUAAGUUUUAUUCACUAGAAAUAACAUUAAAUUUUUUAUGUAUGAGAGCUUCCAGUAUAGUAUUUUAAUUAAUUAAUCCUUUAGAUUUCAGUGGAAGUCAAAGUUGGGUUAAUUUUGCCAUAUCGGUGUGGCUGUUUUAUUAAUUAUUUUCAUGUAAAUCUUGUGGAGAUUUACAUGAGGAAACCUCGUCGAGGAGAAAAAUAUUAAACUAUUUUUCCUCAUUCCUUUUGUUCCUUAUGAAUAAAUAAUUUGAAGUAUUCAUUUUAAUAAUCAGAUUGCUGCAAAAUUUGCGGAACCUAGAAAUUCAGAAAAGUUUAUAAAAAAUUAAAAAGUAGUUUUUAGUUGCCAUAAGUUUAUUAAUGAGGUAUUUAAUUGUGCUGUGCAAAAAUUUUAUAGCCUUAAGAAUAUUGAACUUAAUCACUUUCAUAGGUUUCAUAUGUUUCUGUGCUGGAUUUCUUCCAAAAUGUUAAUGAAUAUUAUUUAUUUUGUGUUUUGUUGAUUACUGGUUAAUACCAUUUAUACUUGUGUAUUUGUCUCCCUACCUGUUUAGCACAAGAUUCUGAAAACUUUAAAGAGAUACAUGUAAAUUCUCUCUUUUUCAUGAUGUUCAGAAGACCCUAAAUUUAAAAAGGAUUUGCUCACAUAGUGGUUUUCCCCCCCCCUUCUGUUUAAUUAACAAGGACAAACCUCCAGAAACUACCUGCAAAGGUCUUAAUAAAUCUUCUUUGCUGUCCCUAAGAAUGGUAAUGUGUUAAGUCUGGAUGUCAUCUGUCUUAACCUUUCGCCAGUUGCAAGAUUGAGCAUUUCUUUCUUCCCAAAUGCACACAAUGUCUGUUAAUUAUAAAUUUGUAAUGUGAGCUGUAUUUGUUUAUGCCCACUGUGAUGCAUAACUGAAAUACAAGCUAAUCUCAUUGAUGACCAUCAAAAGGUUAAUGAAAGAGUAGCUUCAAAUUGUAUAAACUCAUCCCAUCUUAUACAUAGUCAUUGCUAAUAUUGGACAGCUUCUGCAGGCAUGUUGUAGAAUAUAUAUAUUUUAAAUAACUGAACUGAGCAAACACCAUUCCUGUCAUUAUUCCAAGAGCACUUACAAGAUUUCUGCAAUUAUUUAAUGGAUCACUAAAUAAACUGCUCAAAGAGCAUCUCUGAAACAUUUAUAAGUGGAUAUCAGCAGAGUUUAAUUGUGUUCCUAAAACUGGAAAAAUUCGGAGGCCUUCCAUUGAUUUGAUUUGCUUGUGUAUUUUGAGUGUAUGGGCUCUGAUUGAUGAGGCAAUUAUAGAGAAAUGCUUCAAGAAAAUGGGGAUUGUUCUGAAGAUUAUUGCAGUUGGGAAGGCAGUUUGAAAGAUAAUAAUAAAGUUAACAGAUGACACAGACAGCAUUUCCAGCAGCAUGGAAUGAUUUAAAACCAAGGGAGUAGCAGUGAAUUACAAUAAGAGUGGGUUCAAGGUACAGAGUAGAUAUACAGAUAUCUUAUUAGAUAUUGUAAUGUUAAUGUUCUUUGUAUUCUUAUUGAAAUGUAGGUUUCAUUUAAAUAAUAAUAAUAAUGUGAUAAUUUCUGGUAGUUUAUCCUUGAAUACUUUUAAUGUAUUUUCUUGCUAUAACUAUAUCCUUUAGAAAUUAAAUUAUUCUGUAAUUUUCCCGGUUCUAUUUUUUCAUGAUAAAAGUAUUUAAAAAAAAAGAGGGCAAAAUACAUGAGUAAAUAUGGUCUUGUAAAAAUACUCUUGAAAUUGGUCUUUUGUUGAUUGAGAAACAUACUUUUUUUUUGGUUAUAAAUUUUAGCUUAAUUUAGAAUCAGAAAUAUUAUUAAGAGAAUAUUAAUUUAAUUUUAACAUUGACUUAUAUUAACUAAGUUAUUAUUUUUAAGGUAGAUUCCACAUAUUUUUUUUUUAACUAAGACUAGCUUUUUAGUUAUUAAUAAGUCAAUAUUGUGACUUUCUCAGUUUGAGGUAAAUUCACUAUUAGAUUGCAUGUCUCAUGCUACAGUUAUAAUUCAAUACAUAUCUGUUUACAUGUCAUUAAUAGACUUCCUUUUCUACAGCAUACAUGUGUCUCUGUUUCUUGUUUAAAAUUAGAAUCAGCGUAAGGUAAUUUUUUAUAAAUAGAAUAGAAAUUAAGAGUUACUGCUUUCAAUUCUGAAACAGUUAUUUGUGACGAAAAGUUUUAUUGUUAUAAUAAAAGGGAAAGUUCUAUAAAUGUAUUUAUAAAAUUUAUGUAUUUUUAAAUUUAUUUACAAUAAGUUGCUGGUUGCCUCUUAAAUUUUUAAUUAAAAAGGGAAUUGAGCAUGCAAGUUGAACUGAUUAAAACAAAUCUUAGGUUAUAUUAAAUAUGUAUCUUUAAUGGCUGGCCUGAUAAAUUUUGCUUUUAUAUUUUGUUAAUUUAUGUUUAAUGUAGUCAUAAGUUUGUAUCCAAUAUUUGGAUUAUUAUAGAACUUUUCAUGUUCAGUAUUAUUGUUUAUAUUUAAAUUCACUUUUAUCAGUGGUAAAAUAUUAAAAAGUUAAGUAGUAGUAAUAGGUUCUUAAUUAGAAAUAGAAUAUUUUUUUAAAAGGUUAAUUAGAUUGUUCUGUAAUAUUUGUAAUUAUUAGUGCUAUCAAAACUGUAGCUGGUUGUAAAAACAUUUAUUUUUGUUAAAUAUCUUCAUUAUGGUAAAUUGAUAACACUGCAGUUUAUCUCUAUUUUGAAAUAGCUUUAGCUUCCGCUUCUUCAUACACUUUUGCUUUGAUUCUGUCUUUAAAGUAAAUUCUACUCCAAAUCAAGCUAUUGUUAUUUAGUCCUUUUUCCUUCUUAAAUUCUCUGCCAUUUGAAUUUACUAUUAAUAUAUAUUUCUAACUAAUGGUUUGAAUGAAUAUAUAUUUCUAACUAAUGGUUCUAAGCCACAACCAUACAUUUUCUACUGCUUUCUAUAAAAAUAAAAUAUUUAUUAAUUUACCUUGAAAGGUUUUUAGCAUUUGCUGGCACAAUAAAUUAAAAAAACUCUCUUUUAAACUACUUAUUGAUAUAAAAGAUAUUUGAAAUUAAUUGAAAACUGAAAAUAAAAUUUUUCUGUUGUAUUGAUCUUGCAGCAAAUUAUUAAUGUGCUUUUGUUUAUUUAACAUUAAACAUUUUGUACAAAAUGUAUUGUAGGAAGAAACAGAUGUCAUUUUCCUCAAUAAAUAAAUAAAUAGGAAAGUGUAUUUAUAACAUAUAUAUAAAUAUGAAUGAUAAAUAAAUAUUGUCCUUGUGUAUAAACUUGUAUAGAAUUUUUAUGCAUGGUAUUUUGUAAUGUUUUAAAUGUUUAUUUAUUUUUAUCAGACUUAAGCACAUUUGUAUUAUAUGUGAAUAUGCUAAUUAUGCGUUAAUUGGAGGUCAUCAUUCUCAAACUGUAUUUCAGAGUAUAAAAUUAUUAUUAUGGAGGGUUUUUUUUUUAAUUAGCAGUUGUCAAGAUUAUCUCAUUAAAAUUAAUCAUUCCAUUUUUUUCUUAAAGUUUGGUUAGCAUCUGACAGAAGACAUGUUUUCAUCUACCCUUUUUAGGAAAAGCAGUUACGAACACAAUAUUUUAUUUUAUUUUAAAGCAAAAUGAUUUGUUUUUACCGUUCUUGAUGAGCAAAUCUUCUCCAGAAUGAAUUUUUUGUUUAUUUAACUCAUUAAUGUAUAUUCAGUGAGGAGUAAAUGGACUAUCAAAAAUAAAUUUUAUAUAAUAAGCAUGUAGUUCUGUUUCAUUGUUGCAUUCUGAGGAGAUAACCACAGAGUGGACUUUUUUCGCUAAACUUAAUAAGUGAAACAGUAACGUAAGCUUACUUCUUAAAAUUAAUUUCAGAAGUAACUUUGUAGAAGAUCCGACAAUAGUAUUGAAUUAAAAAUAACGUGCAUAUAAUUAUCGCUAUGUAAAACAUAAAACUUCCAUCAUUUUACAUGUAACAUUUCAGUUUUAAAAAUGCUAUACAUCAUAGACAUCACUUCUUAACAAUAGUUUGACUCUUCAUAUCAUAUGUUAUCCAGUGUUCUGUUACGUAGGAAUGCCAUUUGUGAAAUAAUUAUAAUGUGAUGAAUAAACUUAUCUUAUUUUAUCCAAUUUUUGUUUGAUUGUAAACACAUAAUUUUUGCUUGCAUUGUCCAUGUUAAAGAAAAAGUUGUGUAAUGUAUAUUUUUAUUAUUCACCAUGACAGAAUUUUACCCUAAAAUCUGAUUUACAGGUAAACAUAAAAAACGAUUUUUAAUAAUUCAUUUUUUGCAUUGUUUAAGGGCUUGGUAAUUUUAUUUAUUAAAGUAAGUGCAUAAAGUAUAUUUUAUUUCCACUAUUAAUGAUUGAGACUAACAAAAAUAUAUUUUUAAGAACUGCUGUUAUAAUUUUGCUUAAUGACAGCUUAAGUUUUUGGUUUAGAUGAUGAGAGAAGUUGAGCUUUUAUUUGCAUUUUAUAAAAAUGCUUGUUUUUAUUUCUCAUUGGGGAAAGGGAGGGGGUAAAAGAAUUCUGGAGGUUAACAAAGAAAUUAGGAAAACAUAUUGCAUUUAUUACAAUGGACAAUGAAUAGCAACUCUUUUUUUCAAAAGGCAAAUGCCUCACUUAAAUGUAUGUAUGUGUUCUGCUGUCUCUUAGUUUAAAGUCUCUUGUUUCUUAGUUUCAGCAUAUGUACAGUCCAUCCUCUUACAUUACAUGCAUUUACAUCCAACAUAGCCAUAUUAUACAGAGAACAGAAUUAUAACCAAUAUCUCAGAGUUACGUAAUAUAAGGAAUUAAAAGUAGUAAGCAAUAUUGUAUCAAUUUCAAAAUUAAUAAGCAUUGAAUUUGAACACCUUUUUUUGCUGAAGUCCCAAUCACGUUAUGUUUCGGCUACGCAGGACUUGACAUCGAAAGGGACAUUUCUCAGAAUCCGCACAAUUCCAGGAAACCCACGUAGCUAAGUUACCAUUUUCACUUACUACAAAGACUUGAACGCCAAACACUAAUUGAUUAUCGCUCAGAUUUGGAUCACGUGAGGCUUCAGAAGCAAAACUUUUGUCUGAUUGGUUGUCUCUAUCCAGAACUGAGGUCCAGCCAAGACAUUUUCGGUCAGGUUUGAAAAAUUCCCCGUAGCCACAACAUUGUUUCCAUAGCCAGGUGGGCUUCGCUUCAGGCAGAGCUCUUUUUUCUAGGAAUCCUCCCGUUUAAACCAGUGCUACCAGAAUCUCGUUUCUCAGAAAAGUCCCGUCUAGCAGGGCCUGUAGCCAUGUGUGAUAACCUCUUAAUAAAUCAACUAUGUGCCAGAUUCCAUAUAAAAUAAUAUUAAUUCAACAUUUUCCAUUAUUUGUAUGUUUUAAGUUUAACUAUUCUCAGGUAAUCAGUAACCUAAUGUUGUUUUUUUCUAUUUCAUUCAUUGGUGUAUUUAAAUGUAUUUAGUGCUGUUUUUAUCAGAACAAUUAACAGAGGCAAGGAUUUUACUGAUAGCUGGCUGUUUUGCAAUUCAUUUAAACUAGUAAUGCAUUUUGUUAAAUAUACAUUGAUAUGAAUUUUAUGAAUUACAUGGGUUGUGCUAUGGAAUUUCUUGCCUCUGAGGAAGAAUAUUUAAAAUUUCUAAUUUUUUAAAACUCAAUUUAUGAACUUUAAUUUACUGUAAAGUGUAGUGUUCAUGUUAAAAGCAUAAUUUCAGCACUUUUUAAUAAAAUUAAUUGCAUUCGUGUUUUUCAUGCAUAUUUUUUUACCUUUUCCUUAUCAUUCACCUUUUAGUCUUUCUCUUUGGUACACUAAAUAAAAUCAUCCCUUGAAAUGUUUAUGUAGAGGAUUGAAUUUGUACAGUCUUUUGUUUAUUUGAAACAGUUCAUAUUAAAUGUUUGGUUUCUGAACUCUAUAUGCUAUCUUACAUUUUUCAAUAUAAUCUGCACAUAAAUAAGUAUUAUUUUCAUAGAUUUUAAUGAAUUAUUAUAGAUAUUAAUAAAUUUGCAUUUGUGAAAUGCUUGUAAUCUGAUAAUAAUUGAGGAAUUUACUCUUCAUUUGGGACUUUUAAUUUUCUUUUUGCUGCUAAUUAAUACUUUAGAAUAUUUACCAUCUUAACAAAAAAAAGUUUGCAUUUUCAUAAUUUUCUGUUUAGUUGGCAAAAUUAUUUUGAAAUUUUAAUCAAUCAUUUUAGAAUAAUGCAGAAAUUGAUAAAACAUGCAAAUUGCUUUAUUUCUUAAAUUUAUUAAUUUCAUACCAGCGGCCAUUGGUGUGUUGCUUCAGUCAUUAUCUGUCUUUAUCAUCAUAUAGGAUUUUGAUAAAAAGUCAAUAUCUUGCUAAUGCUUUGAAAAUUAUGCAGUUUUGUAAUUUUUUUAUCACAUGCCAACAAAUCACAUCCUUAUAAAAAUUAACAUUGUAAUAGCUCAAAUAUGAUUUAAUUUUUCAUGUUGAUGAAAAUGCGUAAUAAUUUCACAUUUUAUAACUGUUACUAUCCAAGUUUAAUUGGUAUAGAAAAUCAGUCUGAUACCUGAAUAGACAGACAAAGCUAUUAUUGAGUGAUGUUAUUGGUAAUAGUAACUGUUUUGCUGAAUAUUGCAGUGAAAAAUUAUCAGGACAUAUUAUACAUUUGUAUUUCAGUUUUAUCGAAAAUCAAAUACUUUAGAGAAUAAACUAGUUUUGCUUUAUUUUUAAAGACGAGGAAAGACUUUUAAAGAAGGAAAAUUAGUUUUAUUUGUUUUUAAAUUAGUUUUAUUUCAAAGAAGAAAAAUUAAGAAUAUCAUUUUGAGUACUGUAUUAUGUGAAUUUUUAUCUAUACUUAUAUGACGGGAAACUGAUAUAGUAAUUAAGUGGUAUAAAAAAGAGACAAUUUCUAAAUUUUCAUGCUGAAUGUCAUUUUAACAUAUAUUUUCCCUGGUUGAUCUUAAAUGAAUCUGAAAAUGCUAUCUGUGUUUUGUUAAUUUCAUUUAAUAAAAAUGAAAUUAUUUGAAAAAUAUAUUAUUUAUUGAAAGUUAUGUUGUGGUAGGAGUUGACUUUUCUGUUACUUCAAAGAACAUUUUAAUGCAAAUAGCUUUUCUGUCAUUUAUUUUUCAUAAGCAGUAUGUAAUUUUUUUUAAUAUGAAAAGUGAUAAUUCAUGUGUAAAAAUAAUACUGUAUAAAUCCUCUUAAAAUCCUCCUUGGGCUGGGGUUUUGUUUUUUGUGCAUUAAAGUUUUGUGUUGCAAGUUCAUCAUCAUGUAAAUAUAUUAAUUGUAGAAAAUAUAUGUACAAGUUUUGGUGCUAGUUACCUAAAAUAAAUUAUUCAAAGGUUUCUGCUUUGACUGGCAAUAUAAUUUUUAAGGCUAUUCUGUUCUGAUUCUCAGAGUCACAUUCGCUUACUCUGGGACGAAAUUUCUAUGUUGGUUUUAUUAUUAUUUGUUUGUAGAAUGAGAAUUUUGACCUUGUAAAUAAAUCUUUUUAGAGAAA